AUGCAUAUAUUGCUCGUCAACGACGAUGGCCCGCCAUCGCGGCGAUUGUCCCCUUAUGUCCGGCCCCUUGUCGAGGCCCUCCAAGGAGCAGGCCAUCUAGUAUCCGUGGCCAUUCCCGCAGCAUCGCGCUCCUGGAUCGGCAAGGCCCAUCUUAUUGAAGCCUCGCUUAAGGCAACAUACGUACCCCCAAACGCCUUCCGCAACGACGGCACCUGGGACGAAACAUACACCACCCCCACACCAUCAGAAGGCGAAGGCGAAGCCGAAGCCGAAUCAGAAUGGGUCGUCAUCACAAACGGCACGCCGGCUAGCUGCGUCCAGCUCGGCCUCUUCAACCUCUUUACAGACAGACCACCCAUCGACCUCGUCAUCUCAGGCCCCAACCACGGCCGCAACGCCUCAACCAUCUAUAACCUCUCGUCCGGCACCGUCGGCGGUGCCCUCGAGGCAGCCACCUGCGGGAAACGCGGAAUCGCCGUCUCCUUCGGCAGCAAGGACGAGCAACCUUUGGACAUCAUCGGAGCGGCGGCGAGACUCGCCGUGCGCAUCGUUCACCAUCUCUACGAGAACUGGGAUGACCGGGUUGAGUUGUAUAACCUAAAUAUUCCCAUGCGUAUUGAUGUGGAGACGAGACCGGUGCUCUAUACUCGCACCUUGCCGUACUACUGGUCGCGUGGGUACCUGUACGCUGAAAUCAACGCGGAUAAGGCGCCGCCCGUCCUGACGAACGGCGUCGCGAACGGGACACACGGUCCUCAAAACGGAGAAACAGAAACAGACCUCAAACUCACUAAUGGAACUGGAAAUGGCGUCGUAACGAACGGAACUACCCCCGCAAAGCCCACCUCAACCUCGACCUCACAGCUCAAAUCGCGCGACUUCAAAUGGUCCGCGGAGCUCACAGAUAUGAAGAAAGCACUUCAAGCCAGCGAAGAAGGCACAGAUGCGCAUACUGUCUUGAACGGAAGCACCAGUGUCACACCUCUCUGCGCUAAUUUCUGGUACGUCCCGGGGUUAGAGGGGCCAUUGCAUCUUUGA